CACUCCUCCCGCAGCUAGUCUUCGUGAAGACUCGCCGACCCAUACCAAAGUGUGGCCACAAGCGUACUCUCUCUCCUGCCUUUUGCAUCUACCACCAGCUAGGUUGUGCAUUAUUCUCGCUCGCGUCGCACUGUAACCCGCCCGCUCUCCGCACCACAAGAGCUGCCUCACAAUGACUGGCCCCCGCCCGCCUCGGUCGUCCGACAACGCCCACUUGCGGCAGAACAGAGCGGAUACGGCAUCGGGCAUGAGCCGCAACUACGGCCCGUCGUCGUACGACGAGAGCUCUGUCUCGUCCAUCUCCUCGGUCUCAUCGUCUUCGUCAUCAUUGUCUGCUGUUGAUAGUCGCUCGCACAUGCGUCGCUCCUCUCUUGACAAAGCCAACCAUUGUUCACGAACGUCAGGCUCGAAUUUUGCCGCGUGUCAAAAGAAUCGUCAACGUUCAGGAAGGCACCGCCCGCGGACGCGGACGCGGACGCUCUCGACCUCACCGCCGACCUCAUCCGGCUCACUGUCUGCGUCGAGCUCGCGCUCGCCGUCGCGCGGCAGCGCUCGCCGCGGUGAGUCGCGGGAGGCGUUGCAAGGCUCCAAGUACAAGACUGAGCUCUGCAAUGCUUGGUCUGAGACUGGGACUUGCCGUUAUGGCGAUCGGUGCCAGUUUGCACACGGCACCGCCGAGCUCCGCCCGGUUGUCCGCCAUCCCAAGUACAAGACGCAGGAGUGCAAGUCGUUCUGGACCACCGGCAUGUGUCCGUACGGUACCCGCUGUAAGUUUAUUCACUCCGAGAAGAGCCUCCCGCCGCAGCCCGACGUGCUGCGCUCGGUCCCGCUCGCCCUGCGGACCACCAAGGGCGAGCUCCUCGCCGAGAUCGUCAACCCAGACCUUCCACCGUCCCCGGCACUUGUCAAGCAGGCCGCAUUGCCGUCACCGCCGAUUUUCUACACAAGUCCCAUCCUCGACGAGGAUGCCGACGCUAUCCUCGCCCGUUACGGACCGGCGCCGUCGCUGCCUUGGCUCUCCGCAGCCUCGGACAACUGUGGCAGCCCCACCGCCAGCGGCGGGCACACCUCGACUUGCGGUUCCAGCGCGUGAGAAGUCUUCAGAGUCCAGAGUUUCUGACAACAUCUCUCUCAUUCUCGUCCUCCUUCCUCUCUCUCUCCCCCCUCCCCCCCCUCUUCUCAAGUUGUCGUCGUCGUUGGCAGACGAUGAAUCGCUUGUCGUGUCCGCUCGGCUUGGUCGGAGCCGCAUCCCGGGACGACCGCACAACAACAAAAACACCGACCUACUACUUGCCCAUUAGCCACGCAGCAGGACGCACAUGCCAGAGUCGUGGCGUUAUGAGACGCCGAGCUCGACAACAACGUCGUCGUCGUCGUUGUCAGACGCCGAGUCAUCGCCGGCACCGGCGAGGACCGGAUCGCUCGGCGAG